CAUAACCCAACAUUAAUUGUUCCGACUGUUUGUGUUUGUCAUCAAGUCGUAAUUUGAUUACAAAUGUGUUAGAUUGAGUGCAAUAUUUUUAACUCAAUGGCAAAUGAUCGGGAGGUACUUCGAGAAAUCUGGGACGGAAAGAUCCCAGUCUGUUUUACUCUCAACUCUGAGGAAAUUUGCGAUUUACAAGGCCCAGAUCCAUUUUACUUGAUGGUACCUAGAUUAAGUUAUUUUCCACUGUGUACAGAAAAGGUUCGAAAACAUUUCAUACGUCAUAUACAAAGUGACAGUAAACAAGAGCAUGAGAUGUGGCUGGAAUUCAAUGGAAUGCCAUUAAAAUGGCAUUAUCCAAUUGGUGUUUUACUGGAUAUUUAUUUCAAUGAUAUUCAGUUACCUUGGAACAUUGUCGUCCACUUUGAUAAGUUUCCAGAGAAUGUUCUAAUGCACUGUCAAAACAAGGAAAUCGUAGAAGCUCAUUUUCUCUCUUGUAUAAAAGAAGCUGAUGUUUUGAAACAUAGAGGUCAAAUCGUUUCUAGUAUGCAGAAAAAGGACCAUACCCAACUAUGGAACGGCAUUAUGAAUGAUAAAUUUGAUCAGUUCUGGUCUGUAAAUGGUAGGCUUAUGGAAGCCAGUAUUGAAGAGGGAUUUAAAUAUAUACCUUUCCGUUGUUAUACAAGUGAAGAUAAAUAUAUACAAAAACUUGUAAAACCAAUGAAUGAAGAAGGCCAAAGAAAGACUUUGAAGCAUUUGUUAAAUGAAGUAUUUCCGGAUCAGGAAAAUGUUACUGUACGUACCCAUGGCAUUAUACCACCAUCAGAGACACCGCUUCAGUGGAUGUCAGAACAUUUAAGUUAUCCAGAUAACUUUCUACAUUUAAUUGUAGUCACAUCAUAAUGUUUAU